AUGCCUCGCAAUGACAGAAAGCGAAAUUCUCGUUAUCUCCGAAUUUAUCUCAUCUUGAUGAAUUUGCCGGAGUUCGCCACGAUGAACAAGGAGCUGAACCAGUGCCGGGAGCAACUGUUGGAGAAAGAAGAAGAGAUCACGGAGCUCAAAGCUGAGCGGAACAACACCAGACUGCUCCUGGAACACCUGGAGUGUCUCGUUUCGCGACACGAGCGAAGCUUGAGAAUGACAGUGGUGCGACGGCAAGCACAAAGCCAGUCCGGCGUUUCGUCAGAAGUGGAAGUUCUGAAGGCUUUGAAGUCUCUUUUCGAGCAUCACAAAGCUUUGGACGAAAAGGUUCGAGAGCGAUUGCGGGUAUCGCUGGAGCGCGCGGCUCAGUUGGAGCAGGACCUGGAGCGCACAAAAGAUGAGGUUCGAGAGCGAUUGCGGGUAUCGCUGGAGCGCGCGGCUCAGUUGGAGCAGGACCUGGAGCGCACAAAAGAUGAG